AUAAUAAGACUUUUAUAAGUUAAAGUUCAGUGAUGUGCGUAACUCAUCUCUGCUAGUGAAAGGUCAGAGGGUUGAUUUUCUGAUGUUUGAUAUGCAGGAGGAUUCCCCGCUAAUGAGACUCUUUUUUUCGGAUUUAAACUCUUUGAAUCCUCUAAUCUCCAUGCGCGCGGCUCUGUGAUUAGAGCGCCGGUCGCUGGAUCGAGUUUCCGUUCAUUCCCGUUCGCUGCAGAGAACAUCCAGUAUUUUAUUUAUGCUCCACAUGGCUUGUACAAUACUAUAAGCUCUUUGACAGUAUGCCCUUAUCUGCGGCGUCACACAGGAGUCCGUCUCGUGAAUCACAGUGGAUGUUCUGAUGUUUCAUACCAGUCCGACUGCAGUAUAAGCAAAAUGAAGUGUAGGUCGUUCGUUAACUUCAAUUUUUAAGGAAAUAUGCUGAUUUAGCCUACGUAUUUUUAGUAGGCUGCGAAAGAGACCGAAUGCUUGUCUGUUUAAAUAGGCUAACUGUAUAUUAGCACAUGCUUCAAUGUUUAAGAUAAAAAAUCCACGUGAUUUUCGUUUUUUGAAAAACAUUUGAUAAAUUUUUUUUUUUUUUUUUUUUUACAGAAAUUAUGCACGUAGAUGAUCGCAUAAGGUUAUUAAUCUAAGCUAAACAUGCCUUUUAAUAAUAAUAAAAAGGUCAAAAUUUAAGCACUUUUUAAAAAAAAAUCCGGACAGUUUUAAGCCCCACAAAAAAAUUCAAAUGUUGUUUUUUGUUUGUUUUUUUUUCUCGAGAAAUUGGAAACAUGGCCAUAAUAAAAAAUAAGCUGUAUUCAAGCCAUUUUUGAAAAAUAUUAUGUAUUAAAAUAACUGGUCUACAUCACUUCAUUAAUACAUUUACAAUUUAAAGUAGCCUAAAGUUCUUUUAAUAGACCUGAUGGGUCUAUAAACUGUGAAUUUAAGAUUACGCCCAGGAGUUUAUCUCUAAAACACACACACACGUCCUGUACGAGCUGUCCGUGGUUCUGAAAAGAAACAGCGAGUUGUUUUGACAAAAAAAAAAAAAAAAAAGUCGUUUAUAUAUUUGCAAUAGGCCUAAAACACAUAUGGCGCGUGAUUUAAUAUUUCUUUUAGACAUCAUGUUUUUUUAUUGUUUUUCUCUAUGAAAUAUUUUGCCUGUCAGAAGUUUCGUUUGAACUUUUCUGCAAUUUGCAACAUUAUAACGUUGCCUAAACAUAAAAGUGAAGACUGGAAAUAAUCUUGAACAUUAGAACGGGUUUUGAAAUGGAAAAUAAAAGGGUUGUGAAUGAAUCACUUAAUUAGAGCAAACCCACGUGACUGCAGGUUUGUCCCCCGGUCAUAAGAACAGGUGUCGCAGUGAGCUGAAGGUGCAGAUCAAGAGUACACCCACUGCCAUAGUACUAAAGAGAGUUCUUUUUCUUUUAUGACUGAUGCCGUCCACAAGUUGUUAGGUCUAAAUCUUCUCAUAAAUUAUAGUGAGUUAAAGUUAAAAUACAGUUUUUUUCCACUUGGAAGCGCGUGAGAACCGUCACUCAUGAAGGUGGAGGAAGAGCUGAGGAGCGGCGGCGGUGCGGUGACCGGUGGUCGGGGCAGCAACGACUGCUGCAUCACCAGACUGCUGAGCGUCGUGGAGAGCGAGUUACAGGCCGGGCGAGAGAAGGGAGACCCCACUGAGAAACAGCUCAAAGUCACCCUGGAAGAUGCUGAACUCUGGAGGAAAUUCAAAGAAGUCACCAAUGAGAUGAUUGUGACGAAGAACGGCAGGAGGAUGUUUCCAGUCCUGAAGGUCAGCGUGACGGGUCUGGAUCCCAACGCCAUGUAUUCGUUCCUGUUGGACUUCAGCCCUGCAGACGGCCACCGCUGGAAAUACGUAAAUGGCGAGUGGGUCCCUGCGGGCAAACCCGAGCCUCACACUCACAGCUGCGUCUACAUACACCCCGACUCCCCCAACUUCGGUGCCCACUGGAUGAAAGCUCCGGUGUCCUUCAACAAAGUCAAACUGACCAACAAACUCAACGGAGGCGGCCAGAUCAUGCUGAAUUCUCUCCAUAAAUACGAACCUCAAAUUCACAUUGUUCGUGUAGGAGGCAGCCACAGGAUGGUGACCAACAUCUCUUUCGCAGACACUCAGUUCAUCGCUGUAACUGCCUACCAGAAUGAGGAGAUAACUGCACUGAAGAUAAAACACAAUCCGUUUGCCAAAGCUUUCCUCGAUGCAAAGGAAAGGAGCCAUCCUAAGAAUCAUCUUGAACCUCCAGCUGAAAACCAGCAUGUGGGCAUACCACACUGCGGAUGGUUCAUAUCAAACCCAGACACUCUGUGUUCUAGUGGUGGCAACUUUCCGUACCCAGGAGGUUUACCGCUUACUCCCCACCAUGGGUACAAACACUACCCAGUACCUAGUUUGCACGGGCACCGAGCAGCUCCGUACCCAUCGCCCUACCUGCCCCGCCAUCAUCAUCAUCAUCACCACCACCACCGUGGCCAUAACUCAGUGUCUCUGUCUGAGAAUCUGAGUCCAGGUGCUGUGCAGAUGUUCUCCGGUCACGAGAGCUGGACAGGUGUGUCUCCUCCUGGUCCUGCUGCGAUGCUGUCUAUGCCGCCUGCUCCGAACUCACCCGGAGCCAGCAGUCAGUAUCCAUGCCUGUGGACUGUGAGCAGUUGCACUGUAUCAUCCAGCCCUCCAGGGGGCAUUGUGAGCACCACACACAGCCAGGAGGAGCCUGCAGAUGGUGGCUCCACUUCUACAUCACCCUGCUCCUUACUGCAGAGCCACGGACCAACCAGCUCCGAGAACGGUGUAGAUCAAGCUAAUCACAUUAGGGUAGGCGGGGUGAGCUGGUCUUCUGUCACCACCCACUCAUUUUGAGUGAUCUCAUUAAACUGCAAAGAAACAGGUGUACAUACAUGAUAUUUGAAGUGUACAGCAGGUUUUGAAGUGCUAAUAGAGUGCAAAAGUGCACCACCUUUUCAGUGCCGUUGGUUCCGGAAGUAAUUUUUCCAUUCAUUUCUCCCAUAAGGAUUAAAGCGUUAUGAGCCAUGAACCACGCCAACAAGCUAUGAGGUGAAUCAUAACAUUACAAACUUUGAUUUGAAAGCAAAAAAAGUGUUGACAAAAAUACAAAGGUAUAAGACUGUGCAUGUAAUGGAUUUGAGGGAAAGAACUACAAUCCCAUAAGCAUUGCAAACAGCAUAAUCAAAUUACUCAUUUAAAAAUGUUGAUUUUAUAUAUAAACAAUAUAUUUUAAAUUUAUUGCAAAAAAUAGUGCUCGCUCUGACUGACACGUGUGCACAGAAAGCCGCGUCAUAUCGUAACUAUAUAUCAUAAUAUGCAUCGUUAUCAUGAAAUAAAAUUUCUCAUAUCGUGAAAUAAGAUUGGUUAUAUAGCCCACCGCUAUUACCCAUGAUGCUGUACAGAAAAUUCCACCAAUCAGAGAGUCACAACAAUCAAAACACACCAAAAUAGCUCAUUAGCCCCGCCCACCCCCACGAAGCACUGUGAAAAACAUAAUCGAGUCAGUCUCCCUACACUCUGAAAAUACUUAAAUAUUUGUAUGUAUGCAUGUAUAUAUAAUAUAUAUAUUUUUCACAACUUAGACGCUUAAAGGGAUAGUUCACCACAAAUGAAAAUGUUGUCAUCGCUUACUCACCCUACUGAUUACCACAACAUUCCCUUUCCCUAUCCCUUUAACUCUUUUUAACAUCAAGCACAUCCUGCUCUGUCUCGUUCAUGUGACAUCACUCUAAAGUAUCAACAGUGCUGUGCUAUGCUUAAAUAUUUACAUCCCGCGAUAUACUCUAGCGAAAUCUCUAAUGAUACACUGCCACGAUGUAGUCAUACCGCCCAGCUUUUCACCACCAAUUCCAAUGUUAAACACAGUUAUUUUAAGUUGAAAUAAUGCAGGCUGAUGGUUCAACAGAAGCAAAUAUCAUCGAUUAACAAACCUCGGAGCUCACAGUAGGGCUGUCUUUAAAGGUUUAUAAGUUAUCGUUAAAAAUCAAUUUUCCUUUAGAGAAAAUGAAUGUAGAUUCUACUUCCGGAAGCCGACUGCUGCACUCUAUUGCCCUGUUCCGAUUGAUGCCCAUCCAUUAUAAUAGAAAAGGGGGACAUUUUUGUGCUUUCAGUGUAUGUGCUUGGCAGUCUUCUGUCAUAAAUCAUAAUUUGACAUGUUACAAGUCAUUACAAUGGAUCUGAGAAAAGCUUUAGUGUGAAUGCUGUCAUCAAGUUAGUGAUCAUCUAACAACACCAAGGUCAUGGGUUCAAUUCACAUACUGCUAAAAAAAAAAUUGGGAUAAAAACAUCUGUCAUAUAACUGUAAAUGUACACCUCUGUUCAAAAGUUUGGGGUCAGUAAGAUUUAUUUCCGUUUUUGAAAUUGUCUAUUUUAAAAUAUAAUUUACUUCUGUGAUGGUAAAGCUGAAUUUUCAGCAUCAUUACUCCAGACUUUAGUGUCACAUGAUCCUUCAGACUUCAUUCUAAUAUGCUGAUUUGGAACUCAAGAAACAAUUCUUCUUCUUAUCAGUGUUGAAAACAGUGGUUUUGCUUAACAUUUUCAUGGAAACCUGAUUACGUUUUAGGAUUCCUUGAUAAAUAGAAAGUUCAAAAGAACAGCAAUUAUUUGAAUCUUUUGAUAUAUUUAAUGCAUCAUUGCUGAAGAAUUAAUUAAAAAAUAUAUCUGACUUACCCCAAAUCUUUAUAUUUUAUUUCUCUUCACAGUCCAUUUGUAUAUUUGUACAACAGUGCGGUCAAAAGUUCAAAGCUGUUAUCUGAACUCAGAACAUCUGAUUGGACUGACUCAUACAGAGAGCUUAAUACAACUUCAACUGAGGUAAAAUUCGACAAUUAGGCCCCAGAAUAAAUGAUUACUCUAGUUAAUCAGUUAAAACACUUUGGCAUGUGGAACAAGGCAGUUUUUGGCAGGCACAGUGCUUUCGCUCUUACCUAGACUUUUUACCUCCGAUUGAGCACACAACUGCAAACACGUUCAUUCACAAUCUCUUUUUUUUCUCUCUCUCGCUCUCUCACACACACACACACACACACACACACACAUAGAUAUUCAUUGCAUUCACACUUUCACAGGCAAAAAAAAAACAUAAACACAUUACAGUUACAUUCACACGACUAACUACACACAUAGCUCUGCUUCUUCCAAAAGCAUGCCUCACUUAUCUGUAGUUUUAAAAUGCUGCAUAAAGAGAAGGAAAUUAUUCCCCCCAUCAUAUUUUUCCACUCUUGAAAAUGUUAUUUUAAUUGUGCUGGUGGAGUGGACCACUCUGUUGUUUUCACAUGAGUGUAAAAAAUAAUGACGGCUGUCCAGUGAAUGGGGCCUUGGCAUGAGUUUAGACCACUAUGGGCAUGCAGUAGACUCUCUCUCUCUCUCAUACACACACACACACACACACAAAAGCUCACCUCUCUCAUAAAGACACAUACACAGUGUCUAAACAGCCUCAGAAAGGACUAAGAAAUUCUGAAUUCUAUUUUCUUGGUCCCUCAAUCUAUAAUAUUUUUAUUUUCCAACAGUAACUUGUUUCAUAUUAGUCCUUAUGGUCUGUAAUGGCAAAUCUUAUUUUAAAGGUACACUAUGUAACUUUUGGCUCUCUUGCAGUUAAAAAAUAAAACCGCAUGCAUUUUGCGGAAAAACAUGUGCUUCGGCUCUGCAUGACUGUGCGGAUGAAUACGGUUACUCUCCUGCUCAUAAACAUUCACUAUGAGGCCACAGUUGCAAGAAAAAGUAUGUGAACCACUUGCAGAAUCUGUGAAAAUGUUAAUAAUUUUAACAAAAUAAGGGAGAUAAUACAAAAUGCAUGUUAUUUUUUAUUUAGUGCUGUCCUGAGUAAGAUAUUUUACAUAAAAGAUGUUUACAUAUAAUCCACAAGACAAAAAAAUCAGCUGAAUUUAUUAAAAUAACCCUUCAUAAGUAUGUGAACCAUUGAUUCUUCAUACUGUGUAUGGUUACUGGAAUGAUCCACGACUGUUUGUUUUGUUUUGUGAUGGUUGUUCAUGAGUCUCUUGUUUGUCCUGAGCAGUUAAACUGAGCUCUGUUCUUCAGAAAAAUCCUCCACGUCCUGCAGAUUCUUCAGUU